AAACCAAUCAAGGUGAUCCCCACAUCUUCUUCCUAGCUGAUGCCAUGCUUUCCUCUCUAGAACCUCCCAUAACACAGCACAACACACUUGUCCUGUACAGACCCCCUCCCUUUCCUGGCUUUCAUCACUCUCAUCUACCAAAAUCUCGUCUUUCUCACAAACAAACAAAAAUUUGAAGGAAAGAUCGACUCAUGCCUCAUAGUAACAGUUCUAAUGGUGGAAGCCCUAUCAACAACAUUAGCAUAGUAUGGUUCAGAAGAGACCUUAGAGUUGAAGACAACCCAGCUCUUGCAGCAGGGGUAAGAGCUGGAUAUGUGGUGCCUGUCUUCAUUUGGGCUCCAGAAGAAGAAGGCCAUUACUACCCUGGUAGGGUUUCAAGGUGGUGGUUGUGCCAAAGCUUGAGGCAUCUUGAUUCCUCCCUUAGGAGCCUUGGGACUAGUCUCAUCACAAAGAGGUCUUUUGACACUGCCUCCACUCUUCUUGAUCUUUUGAACUCUACUGGUGCCACCAGCCUUUUCUUCAAUCAUCUCUAUGACCCUUUGUCUCUUGUGAGGGAUCACCGCAUCAAGGAGCUUCUGACUGCUCGGGGUUUCACUGUUCAUUCUCUGAAUGCUGAUUUGCUUUACGAACCAUGGGAAGUUACAGAUGAGAAUGGUUGCCCAUUUUCAACUUUUGCUCCAUUCUGGAAUAAAUGCCUUAGCAUGUCCUAUGAUCCUGCAGCUCCUCUCUUACCACCAAAAAGGAUUAAAUCUGCUCCUUCUAUAGGUGAUAUCUCAAGGUGCCCAUCUGAUACUUUAGUAUUUGAGGAUGAAUCCGAGAGGGGAAGUAAUGCUCUUCUUGCAAGAGCUUGGUCUCCAGGAUGGCAGAAUGCUGAUAAGUCCCUCAGUUCAUUUAUCAAUGGACCACUUAUUGACUACUCUGUGAACCGAAAAAAUGCAGAUGGUACAACCACCUCUCUCCUUUCCCCACAUUUACAUUUUGGGGAGCUCAGCGUGCGUAAAGUCUUUCAUGUUGCCCGAAUCAAGCAGCUGGUGUGGGCUAACGAGGGAAAUGAAGCAGGAGAAGAGAGCGUUAACUUAUUUCUCAAGUCCAUUGGCUUACGGGAGUACUCUAGAUACUUGAGUUUCCACCACCCUUGCAGCCAUGAAAGGCCGCUACUUUCUCACCUCAGGUUCUUCCCUUGGGUUGUUGAUGAAAGCUACUUUAAAGCUUGGAGACAGGGUAGAACUGGUUAUCCCCUUGUGGAUGCUGGAAUGAGAGAAAUUUGGGCUACUGGUUGGCUGCAUAACUGUAUCCGUGUGGUUGUAUCCAGCUUCUUUGUAAAAGUACUGCAGCUUCCAUGGAGGUGGGGAAUGAAGUACUUCUGGGAUACACUUCUGGAUGCUGAUCUUGAAAGUGAUACCUUGGGCUGGCAGUAUAUAUCUGGAACUCUUCCUGAUGGUCGGGAGUUUGAUCGCAUUGAUAACCCUCAGUUUGAAGGCUACAAGUUCGACCCAGAUGGUGAAUAUGUUCGUCGCUGGCUUCCUGAGCUUGCUAGGCUACCAACUGAAUGGAUACACCAUCCAUGGGAUGCGCCUGAAUCUGUACUCCAAGCUGCAGGCAUCGAGCUUGGUUCCAACUACCCUCUUCCAAUUAUAGAAAUCUCUACAGCUAAAGAAAGAUUAGAGGAGGCUCUCACAGAGAUGUGGCAUAUUGAAGCUGCAUCGAGAGCUGCCAUGGAGAAUGGGACAGAAGAGGGCCUUGGUGAUUCCUCAGAGUCACAAUAUAUUGAUUAUCCUAUUGAAACGAAUAUGGAAGUUGAUCUUGAGCAUACUAGGACUAAUAAUAUUCAAGCCACAACCAGGAGGUUCUUGGAUCAGACAGUGCCUAGUAUAACUUCUUCAUUAGUCAGAAUUGAAGAGGAAGAGAUAUCUGUCGAUAUAGACAUCGGUGAGGAAGAUAGCAGGGCCGAAGUACCAAUAAAUGUGACUAUUGAUGCCCAGAUUCAUGAAGGCACAGAUACAAAUAGUACAAUCCUACAUUUCACUCCUUCCAGGGUUGAGUUUUCAGAAGAGUCAUCUAGUAGUUAUACAGAAAGGGGUCUGGUUCCUGUGUGGUCUCCUUCAUCAACUUCAACUCCAUCUGAGCAUUUUUUCACCCAGGAAACUAGCAGAGGUUAUGCUGAUUUACAGAGACUUCCCCAGGCACAUCAAAUUACUAAUUGGAGACCGCAUUCGCCAUCUGUCAGAAGUUGGGAGGUAGAGAACACGGUGCAGCCAAAUGCAAUUGGUUAGAUUCUAUUAUGGAAAUCAGAUGUAGACAAUCCAUCCUUUUGUUCCUCUUACUUUGCUGAGAAUCAGAUUCUGCAGAAUAUCAAUGUACCAUAAAGUUGAUGUAUAGAUAACUCUAGCAGUGGUGUGCUGCUAUCGAUCAGGUAACUUGAGUUUUAUGUGUUAGGAAAAAUAUAUAAUUUUUAGGCACAAAAUCAUGUAACAUAAAACUUUAUAUAAAUAACUCUAGCGGUGGUGUGUUAUCAUCAGAUAAUUUUGAGUUUUGAGUGUAAGGGAAAACAUCCAACCUUUUUGUGGAAGCUCAAUGCAUAAAAUUGUUAUAUAAUGCCUCGUUUGAGAUGGC